AACGCUCCUUGGCGCACACCGUCACCAUCCACCCAUACUCGACCAUGUUGGUUAGAAUACGAUCCAAGGAUGGCAAUUUCCGUUUUGAUCUUGCACCCACUGCCGAUGUAUCGGAGCUGGUAGCGAAGAUCCUAGAAACCACCAACAACGCUGAUCCUUUCACUCUUGCAAUAUCGAAUCGACCGCGGGGGAAUGAGACGUUGGUGUCGACGAUCAAUGGGAACCUGCAGACAUUGGGUCUAUCGCAUGGAGACCUUGUCUUCGUUUCGUACAAGCCGCGUGAAGAGAGUGCCCCAGAGGCGGCAACAGUUGCCGAAUCGUCUCAAACAGCGCAUGCGGGCGGUGCGGUGGCUAAGCGUCCUUGGGAGCUUGUCCAAGAAGACCCAGUAGACACCUAUUGGCGUUCCAAGGACGGCAAGAUUCCGCGCGAACGCGACCCGCGGUUCUGUAAACAUGGUCCGGCGGGUAUGUGCGAGUAUUGCAUGCCGUUGGAGCCAUACGACGCCGCAUAUCACGCGGAGCACAGCAUCAAGCACCUGUCCUAUCACGCAUACAUUCGCAAGCUCACCCCGAAGAUCUCUGCGACGACGUCGUCAACUGCCCUCCUCCCCCCGCUUUCACAGCUGUCGUACAAGGUUAAAGUACCGUGUCCAAGCGGCGGCCACCCGCCAUGGCCGGCGUCGAUCUGUACGGCGUGCCAACCGUCCGCGAUCACACUGCAGAGUCAGCCCUUCCGGAUGAUUGACCACCUCGAGAUCGCGUCCACAGCCAUCGUCGAUCGCUUCCUUCAUGCCUGGCGACGGACGGGCACACAGCGCUUCGGGUGGUUGAUCGGGCACUACGAACCGUACGAGGAAGUACCGAUGGGCGUGAAGGCGGUGGUGGAAGCGAUUCAUGAACCACCGCAGGAGGGCGAGCUGGACGGGCUGUCGCUUGGCUUGCCGUGGGAGGACGAACAACAAAUCAAGGAACUUGCCCGCGCUUCUGCAAAGCCUUUGCAGAUUGUAGGCUACAUCUUCACCGACCUCGAACCUGAGGAGAAAGACCGAACGCGCACGAUGUACAAGCGGCACCCCCAAUCGUUCUACCUCUCGUCUCUCGAGGCGAUUUUUGCUGCACACGUGCAGAAAGCCAAUCCGACGCCGUUGAGGUCUUCGGAUACAGGCCUGUUCGGCUCGCGCCUGGUCACGGCUGUGCUAACGGGCACCGCAGACGGCGGAAUCGACGUGUCGGCGUACCAGGUGUCGGAGCAGGCAUGCGCAAUGGUGGAGGCAGACAUGAUCGAGGCCAGCGUUGAUCCAGGGAUCGUGCGUGUGAAGGAGGAAGAUCGGAGCGAAGAUUCGGCGCGGUAUGUGCCUGACGUAUUCUUCCGGUAUAAGAACGAGUACGGCCUCGACGUGCAGAAGAGCGCGAAGCCGUGCUUCCCGGUCGAGUAUCUCCUCGUGAAUGUCUCGAACGGUUUCCCGCAGAACCCCUCGCCGGUGUUCCACUCAGCCACGUUCCCCAUCGAGAAUCGGCCGGGUCUGGAAAACCAGAGCAUCGAACAGGUCUUACGCCAACUCGCAGAGCUGCAUGCGCCCGAUAUCCCAGAGAGCUCGCGCGGGGGUGACCAGCGGCAGCGGGCCGCACUAGCGAGCUGGCUGAGCGACUGGCACCUCGUCGCUUUCCUCGGGACGACGCAGUUAAUCUCAUCCGAUGACAUGAAAGUGCUGAUCCGGACAGCAACAUCACCGAACCUAGACGAUCCGACUGUCUUGGAUGCGCUCAUUCGUACAGACGGCUGGCAGACCCUCAUGACCUUCACGCGCGAGACAACACCGGCGCGCCCCGCAGGAUCUGGGCCGUCUGGCCCGGCACAUACCGCGAUGGACGAAGACAUCCCUCCAGAACUCUUUGACCAGAUCGCCCGAGACUCUGCUGGGCAAGGUGGCGGCUUUGCUGCAGCUGGUGGAAGCGAGCGUGUCUGCCCGCACUGCACGUUCGUAAACACCCAUGGCGGAAGUGACUGUGAGAUAUGCGGGUUACCGCUACAAGGGUGAGAGACGGGAGACAAAGAAGACAAAUAUUAUUGUAUGCUAGGAGUGCAUCACUACAUUGAUUUGUGCGGACAGAGUAC